AUGAGAGAUACCUAUGCUGCUACUCUUGCUGCGAGAUCCUUUAGGACGUUUAUGGCAAUAGCUGCUCGCUUCGACCUGGAACUUAAGCAAUAUGAUGCUGUUAAUGCCUUCGUGAACGCCGAAUUGGACGAAGAAAUUUUUAUGAGAAUGGCUCCUAGAUAUCGUGAAUCUGGAAAGAUUUAUCAACUGAACAAAGCCCUCUACGGACUGCGUAGAUCACCACUUUUAUGGCAAAAGGAACUCACCAGCACCCUCAUAAAAUUGGGUUUCAAGGCCGUGCCUCAUGAACCGUGUUGCAUGUUAAAGUCUGGCGUCAUGCUGUUCUUUUAUGUGGAUGAUAUUGUUGUCGCGUACAAGAAGAGCCGCCAACUGGAAGCUAACUUGAUUCUGAAUCAACUUCGCGCCAAAUACAAUAUAUCUAGAGGAGAGGACCUGGAGUGGUUCCUAGGCAUGAGGAUCAUACGAGACCGAAGCAAUAAGAUGAUCUGGCUCAGUCAAGCCACCUAUAUCGACAAAAUCGCUAAGUUAGCUGACACUCAACAAGCUGAUGAUACACCAAUGUCCCGAGAAGAAUUGCUUCCAUACGAAGGAACGGCCACUUAUAAGAAGCAACAUCAAUAUCAACGCAAAGUUGGCUCAAUCAUGUACGCGGCAGUAAGCACUCGACCUGACGUGGCUUUUGCCGUCUCACGGCUUGCCCGGUUCUUGUCAAAUCCAGGACCCGAGCACCAUAAAGCUGCUGACAAGGUUUUAUGUUAUCUUAAACGCCAUCAUGCGUACGCUUUAAGGCUUGGAGGAGGUGAUGAUUUCUCAGUAUCAACAGAUGCCUCAUUUGCAGAUAAUACACUUGACCGUAAGAGCUCACAGGUAUAUGUCAUGACACUUUUUAGAGGAACGAUAGGAUGGCAAGCCAAUAAACAGGAUACGGUAACAACAUCAACUACUGAAGCCGAAUUGUUAGCUCUAGCUCAGGGGGUGAAGGAGGGCAAGUACGUUCUUCGACUCCUCUUAGAGUUAGAUAUUCGAUUUCAAACACCUACCCUUCACGUUUACUGCGAUAAUCAACAAACGUUAGGACUGUUAGAGAAAGACGCUCCACGACUGCGUACAAAGCUUCGACACGUUGAUAUUCACAAUCACUGGGUACGACAAGAGGUGCAGAACGGAGAUGUCCAAGUGCACUACAUGCCUACCAAAGACAUGAUUGCCAAUGGUCUUACCAAGGCUCUCAACCGACAAGAGCACCAUAUCUUUCUUAAGCAAAUAAGAGUUGAUGACAUUGGUGAACGUCUCGCUCCCCAGCAGAAGGAUAUGGAGAACCCGGAUAUCGAGGAACUGCUUUCUCUCAACGACAUGCCCGAUAAUAUAUGA